GUAUGAACAGCUGGAGAUGCGCUGCUGUCUAAAGCUCCCGACGAUCAUCAGGUGAUGUGAACUCAACCAACUCGUCCAUUCAGCUGAUUCAUCUUCUUUUGCAGACUGGUGAUACUGUUCUUAACGACUCAACCGACUGGUUAUCUGUCAAAACCAGGGAAAACCCGCUCCGAACACAAAGCAUCAUGGGGCGGAAGAAAAUACAGAUCUCACGGAUUCUUGACCAGCGAAAUAGACAGGUGACAUUUACCAAGCGCAAAUUUGGUCUGAUGAAAAAGGCCUACGAGCUGAGCGUGUUGUGCGACUGUGAGAUCGCACUCAUCAUCUUCAACAGCACUAACCGUCUUUUCCAGUAUGCCAGCACUGAUAUGGACAAAGUGCUGUUAAAGUACACCGAAUACAGUGAACCUCACGAGAGCCGUACAAACACUGACAUACUGGAGACUUUGAGAAGGAAAGGAUUGGGGUUGGAUAAUUCAGAGCUUGAUCAGGAAGAUAGCGUGACCACGGGAACAGAGAAAUAUCACGACGGCAUGGACCUCUCCAUCACUCGCCAGCGCUAUUAUGCUCCUUCGCUCCUGCCUUCAGAAGUGAUGGGUGCAAGUACUGAAAACGGCUACAGCAGCUCCUCCAGUCCAAACCUAGGUUCCCAUCGGACUCCAACCUACAAACCUUUGUGUAACAGGCUGGCUUCAACCGGUUCUGUCAGCUCCAACUCCCAUCCAGCUCUCAUGGGACCGCACACAGGUCUGGGCUACCCGAUGUUCUCCCAUGGCAACCUGAGCAGAGCCUUGGAGAUGAAGUCUCCGCCCCCUCUGAAUAUGGCCAGUGAUGGACGACGUAUUGAUGCUCACAGCGGACUGUGUGGAACUCGCAGCAAUUUGGCCAAUGUUGUGAGAGAGUCUACAAAAAGAGCACUCUAUCAGAGUAUGAAUGCUGGGGGCCACAUGAUGGCGAUGGGGAAGACAGGCUUACUGGGACACAGUCUGGCCAACUAUGGGGCCUCAGAAUACAACCACCCCAGUUACACUCUGGGUUUUCAGCGCAGUUCUAUGAAUACCUGGCAACAUUUGUCUCAUCAGGAGGCCCACCAGUCCAUGAUCAGCCCUGGGAUGGCAUCAGGAGGAAACUGCUCGUACUCGUCCCAGUGCUCCUCCCCUUCCUCGCCACCACACCCCUCCAUGAUCAUCAAAUCAGAGCGCACCUCUCCUGAGCACAUGCUCUCAGCCACGCCCCCCAGCCAUCACAUGCUGCAGCACUCACCAAUGGAAGAGCCCAAAGUUACCAGCUGCCCUCCGUCAGAGGAAUACACAGCUAUGGAGAGGGAUGAGAUACAGAAGAGCAGUUACUCCGGCCAGCAUGGCCCAAACAGAGAUCCCAGAGAGGGGAAAAGCCACCAGCCUCUGAAGCAACCUGACGGCAGUAAUGGAUGGAUAAGAUAAUUGCCACAACCAUUUCUUUUAAUGUCUUAAAGGAAUAGUUCAUUCAAAAAUUUAAAUUAGCUAAAAAUUGACUCAACCUCAGACAAUGCCUGAUCUAGAUGAGUUUGUUUCUACAUCGGCGCAGAUUUGGAGAAAUGGAUCCUUUGCAGUGAAUGGGUGCUGUCAGAAUGACAUUGCUUACUCCCAAA